AGUUUGUCUAUGUCGAGACUAUAAAGUCCUGCAGCCCGUGAUGUAGGGUUUUGAUCUGAAGCCUCAACCUCGAGUGCAGUAUUCAGGUUGAAGGAGGUGGAAAAUGUCGCACAGGAAGUUUGAGCACCCAAGGCACGGGUCCCUUGGUUUCCUCCCAAGGAAGAGGGCAGCUCGUCACAGGGGAAAGGUGAAGGCUUUCCCUAAGGAUGACCCUACCAAGCCCUGCAAAUUGACUGCCUUCCUCGGCUACAAGGCUGGGAUGACCCACAUUGUGCGAGAAGUGGAAAAGCCCGGGUCAAAACUCCACAAGAAGGAGACUUGUGAGGCAGUUACCAUCAUCGAGACACCACCAAUGGUUGUCGUUGGUGUGGUCGGAUAUGUGAAGACCCCUCGUGGGCUCCGCUGCCUCAACACUGUGUGGGCCCAGCAUCUGAGUGAGGAGGUGAAGAGAAGGUUCUACAAGAACUGGUGCAAGUCCAAGAAGAAGGCAUUCACCAAGUACUCCAAAAGGCUCGAGACUGAUGAGGGGAAGAAAGAUAUCCAAGCCCAACUCGACAAACUCAAAAAAUAUGCAUCUGUUGUCCGCGUGCUUGCUCACACUCAGGCAAUCCAAUCCACCCAUUCUCAAUUAUGCAAUUUUGUUGGCUAAUAAUAUUAUAAUAAAUAAAAAAAAACCCGAAAAAGCCAAAAAUUUGUUUAUGUGCAGAUCAGAAAAAUGAAGGGACUGAAACAAAAGAAGGCCCACCUGAUGGAGAUUCAAGUCAACGGCGGUACCAUUGCCCAGAAGGUUGACUUUGCGUAUGGGUUCUUUGAGAAGCAGGUUCCAAUUGACGCUGUCUUUCAGAAGGAUGAGAUGAUUGACAUCAUUGGAGUUACUAAGGGUAAGGGUUACGAGGGUGUUGUUACUCGUUGGGGUGUGACCCGUCUUCCACGUAAGACUCACAGGGGUCUACGUAAGGUGGCCUGUAUUGGAGCCUGGCAUCCGGCUAGGGUUUCUUUCACUGUUGCUAGGGCUGGGCAGAAUGGGUACCAUCACCGAACUGAGAUGAACAAGAAGAUUUACAGGCUUGGAAAGGCCGGAAAAGAAGAACACAGUGCCAGUACUGAGUUUGACAGGACUGAGAAAGACAUCACACCAAUGGGUGGGUUUCCACACUAUGGUGUGGUGAAAGAUGAUUACUUGAUGAUCAAGGGUUGCUGUGUGGGUCCCAAGAAGAGGGUUGUUACUCUUCGUCAGACUCUGCUUAACCAGACAUCACGUGUGGCGCUCGAGGAGAUCAAGCUCAAGUUCAUCGACACCUCAUCCAAGUUUGGGCAUGGCCGCUUCCAGACUACUGAGGAGAAGCAGAAGUUUUACGGGCGCAUUAAGGCGUAGAGGCAUACAAGACUUUGAAUUGUUCGUUUUGAUUUGGUCUAGUCAUUUUUGCAGGUAUCUUGAGACGGCUAAGUUUUAUAUUUUAUUCUGAGCUUUGGCUUCUGUGUUGUGGUUUUAUGAUUCAGAACUUUGUGCUGAUUCGGGAAGUUAUGUUUCUUGACAAUAUUUUCUUGCUGGUUGUCGGCAUAAUGAGUUAUAGAAUAUGCAUUUUGCA